GACAAAGGGAGAAUAUGCAAACCCUACACAGAGUCAAGUGAUGUUCAGCACAUUUUCCAGUGGGAUGUUUCGCCUCCCUGUGGUUGUAGCCAUUGCACUUGGGGCUUUGGCAAUUUUUUUUUUAGUGUAUUUUAAGCAACCUGAAACAUGGUUCUCAGUCUCCCGCAUACGGCCACCACCCCCAGCAGCAGAGAAAGCAAAACUUCUUCCUACUCCAGCGAUAACAGACCCUGCCUCUCAACCGGUGACAGCUAUCCUCCUGAUCUGGAUGUGGCCUUUUGGAUACAGAUAUCAUAUGGAUUCCUGCAAGACUCUGUAUGGAAUUGAUGGAUGCCAUUUAACAGAUGAUAGAAGCAUGUAUAACAGAGCAGAUGGGGUCAUAUUCCACCACAGGGACAUCAGCGGUGAUUUAUCUAAUUUACCACAAUCACCACGUCCACCGUUUCAGAAAUGGGUGUGGAUGAAUAUGGAAUCGCCUUCAAAUUCAAGACAGAUUUCUGCUCUCAACAAUUUAAUCAACUUAACUGUGAACUACAGGCAGGAUGCAACUGUAUUUGUGCCAUAUGGGUUUAUUGUUCCAUCUCAGGAUGAUGACUUUGUUUUGCCAAAUAAAAGCAAAUUAGUCUGCUGGGUUGUGAGCAACUGGAAUUCCAAUUAUGACAGAGUUAAAUACUACAAUGAGCUGAAGAACCACAUUGAGAUAUACACUGCAGGAAACGCGUUCCAGAAACCAGUUAGUCAUGAUGACCUACUGUCACUUAUUUCCAGUUGCAAGUUUUAUCUGUCAUUUGAAAAUUCAGUCCACCAGGACUAUGUGACUGAAAAACUCUACAAUCCACUUGUUGUAGGCACAGUUCCAAUUGUUCUAGGUCCAUCUAGGCAGAACUAUGAGAACUUUGUGCCAGGAGAUGCUUUUAUUCAUGUGAAAGACUUUUUUUCCCCAAAAGACCUAGCAGGUUUUCUGUUAAUGUUAGACAAGAAUGAUGAUAUGUAUCAUAGGUACUUUCUGUGGCGUAAACAUUACAAAGCAAAAUUGACAGAUUUUGGACUACAGCAAAGUUGUUAUGCUUGUGAUUACCUCAGCCGGCGAAAGGAAUUUAAGACUUUCAAUAACCUGGAUAAAUGGUAUUGGGGUUAAAAGAUGACAUCAGUACACUUUGAUUUUAAAUGGAUGUAGAAGUUAAACAUAGUUGCCAACCUCCGAUGGAAAAAAACUAGGACUGGGGUGGGGGGGGUGGUUAUGAUUGGUAUCAUCAUCAUCACCAUCACUGCUGUUGCUUUCAUCGUCAAAUAGUCGCGUGGGACGAGAAUCCCUACAAAUGUUGAUGGAAAUGGAUUGCAGACAAAUUUUGUGGCUAGUUAAAGCUGCAAAAUGUUCAAAUGCUAGGGAUAUUUUUUAAAUUUAUUUAUAUUUUUAAAUGACAAAAUGUUUCAAUGAAAUAAAUGGGGAGAAAAAUUAAUAGAUGUGGACAAUGUGUGAUUUCAGUGUGUAAAUUUAUAUUAAUAAGUUGCUUGUGUUUACAGCUUAAUGAAGUGUUUAAUAGAUUAAUUCUGUAAAUUUAAAUGUAAAUAUUUAAAUUUUAUGCAAUGGAAAAAACAUUAAGAUGAUAAAUAAAAGUUGCCCUGUUGUCAAGGGGUUUAAUAAUUUAGACUGUUUUGUUAAUGGGGUUGGCAUUGCCUUGCACAGUGUUUCUGGGAUAGGCUUCAUGCUUCUGUGACCAUGCACUAUACAAGCAGUUACAGUAUAGACAAUAAACAAACAGACUAUACAGUAAGUAAUAAUAAUCACAGUCAAGUGGUAAAAGAACUUUUGUUCAUUGCUUUUGCAAAGUUUCUUCAUUGUCAGUUGCCCAGGGUUCCAACAAUGUGUUUUUCAAAGAGUUAUCAGUCAGCUUUCAACUUCUGGAGUUACCCCACACACAGUGUGAAACCACUAGUCCUAAGCAGGGUCGCAGCAAACCAGAGCCUAAUCAGC